GUGGCUGUCCCUUCUGAGAUCCAUCAGGUGGAUGCCAGUCAGUGUUUGAAGCAUUUGGACCAUAUUUCUCAUGAAGCUUCUGAUGAACUACAUUUAAAAGCAUUUUAUGAAGGAUUAACUUCCACCAAAUCAUCGUCCAAGUCAAACAACUUCUUUUUGAAAUGUGAAAAUGCCAAAUCAGACUCUUCUCACUCAGAAUUUCAGAAAGUGUCUGCAGUUUGGAUUGACACCUCAAAAAGUUCCAUUUCAGACCCGGAAUUAGAGCUGAAACAUGGAGAGGACACAGAUGUCAGUGUCCCAGAAGAGUUUGUCUGUGACAGUAGUGAUGUGUUUGCAGAUCUCUCAAAAGAGAUGCUGAUAGCAAUAAGCAAUGGAAAGGAAACAUCACCUAGUGACAAACACCAUGAACGUGAGCUGCCUGAAGAUGACAAAGCUGAGACUUCAUCCCUCUCCCAGAAAUACCCCGGAGAUGUGUUGGAUGGUGGCUGCACUGAUCACUUGCCUUCUUUCAUCCCAGCAGAUGAAGCAAAUGUCUCCAGAACAGAGUCAGUGCAUUCCUCCCAGUCUGAAAACCCUUCUGAGGGAGUGGAUGAGCCACACCCAAGUGCCUCACAAAGCUGCAGCAGAAACAAACCCUGUUCUCAGGUGAUCCCAGCACUGGGGAAUGAUGCAGCUGCCAGCCCUUUACACACUGAUGCAAGCUCCAGUAGUGAUAAGGGUCGCCCUCCAAUGGAUGAGGAUACCUUGUCUGAAAUGCUGUGUCCUGUGGAUGAAGUAUUGUCCUCUGGAAGUGCUGACUUGCCAUCCUCUAACAAAAAAGAUUUGUCAUUUCAAAGUGAAGAUCUUCCUCCUCCUCCCCCUUUAGGUGCAGAUGCAAUGAAAAAUGGUGAUCCUGCCUCCAGCACAGAUGAUUUCCCAUCUCCACUGGAACAAAUUACAGGCUCAGAGUCUACUCAGGGCAUGGAUGAAGAUAUAUCACUGGAAAUGGAUGCAUUACCCCCAUUACCUGAUAACACUGUGCCUGAAGAACUUCCCCUGCUCAGUACAGAGACAAGUGGUGCUUUUUCAACUCGGGAUGUUUGUCUCUCAGGACAAUCUACAUUUACAGCUCAUUCCAGCUGUUUGUCAGAAAACCAGCAUGGAGAACAGGAGAUGGCUUUGCAGCAUUUGGGGUUUCUGCCUGUGUCAAAUAUAGAUUCUUCUGGUGGAAGUAAAAGUCCUGAAUUCCCAAUGAAACAACACAAAAUGUAUGAAAAGCUGAGCACUGAGGAGGACAGUGAUGACCCAUUAUCAUCAUUUGAAACUGGGGACAAAUUGUUGGUAAAGCAGAGCCAGCCUCGGACUCUGAUGUUCGAAAGCCAGACUCAUUUUGGCAGUGGCCAUUGGGCUGGUGUUGCACUGGACAAAGCUGAAGGUGACAAUGCUGGAAUUUAUGAAGGGGUGAAGUAUUUGGACUGUGCACAGCAUUGUGGGGUCUUUGUCACACCUGAUGAGAUUUCACACCUGUUGGGGGUUAACAAAAAUAGUUCCAGUUACAUGGAAAAUGAGGACUCUGACUCCUUCCAUGAUGAUGAAGACUCCCUCAAAGGAGACUACAAGUAUUCUGAAGAUGAUGAGCAGAUAGUGGGGUUUGCAGAGGAAAAAGCAGAAGACACAAAGAGUGCAGGAGGUUCAGAAGCAAAAGAAAACCAGUCUGGGCUACACAGUGCCUUGCUGCCUGGAAAAGGGCAAAAGUUUCCCCAUUCCAACCAGUGUAACUGUAAUGAACUCCUCUGUCAAAAGAACUUAACGUGCUUGGGAUCAGACAAUGAAAAAACAGAACUGGCACAAAUAAAACAAACUGUAUUUGCAGAUGCUCUUCCAAAGAAAAGCAAGACAGAUGAGGUAAACACAAGCAAAAAUAUUUGUUGCUUGGUAGAGGAUCAGAAAAGAAUUAAACUUGCUGAUGAUAUUGCAAGUGAUCUCAGUAAAAAACUUCUGUUUGACAUUUUAAUUGCAUUUUCUGAAACAGCUCAACACAAAUAUAAAAAUGCCUUUGAAAAAGGCAUGAUGAAUUAUGGCAAAGGCCUAAGGCAAGAAGACAAUCAGAAACCAUUUCUCCUCAAAGAAAAUUUAGUUGCUGCCUUAUCUGAACCAUCAGCAAAGGUUUCUGAUGUUUUACAGGGUGAUUUUGAUACACUUUGCAUUCAUGGUUGUCACACAGCAACAGACAGAAUUGUAACUAAAUUUAUAGAUGAUGCAGUUAAAGAAUAUAAGAAGAUUAAAAGAAAACACAGAUCAAAAGAAGACAAGGUACUUCAUUUAUCUCCAGAGACUUCUCCAACCACUUUGCCUCUACUUUCAAAAAUCCUUGAUGCUGGAGUUUUUGGAAGCUCUGAAGAUUUUGAUCAGCCUAAUUCUGACCAAAACAUGCUGGUGAGACAGACACAAAAGCAAUACUUGUGCAAAUUAGACCAGUGGCACUCAGCUCCUUGGAAGAAAACUGUGGAAGUUCCUCUUGUGAUACCACAUAACAGUUCUCAUGUUAAAAAUUUGUCUGCAUUUGCUGUGGAAGAAUUAUGGACCCCAGAGAACAUAAAUUCAAAUUUCAGGAACAUCAAUGUGCCAAAGUACUUGGAAUAUAAUGAUCACCCAAGGAAUGAUUUGGAAGCAGAAAGCAAGAGGAUGUAUAAUCAGGUUAUAUUUGAUUUGAGUCAUGAGUUGCUGUGUGCAGAAUAUCCAGUGACUGCCAAGCCAAAUAUGUUCCCAUGGAUGAAAAAAAAUGUAGGAUCUCACUGUUCCAGGCAUCUCUGCAGAAGGAUGGAUGUCAGUGAUGUCAAGACAUUUGUUCAGGGUGAAAUUAUUAAAAUAAUGAACCUGGAAAAGAAUGACUUAGAAAUGAAAAGAAAAGUCCUAAAUAUGACCAAAUAUGGAAACUGUAAGAGAGACAGAGUGGACCUUAUUCUGAUCCAGGAGCUCCGCAAAGAAGAAUCUCAGUGGACUUCCUAUGGUGAUGAUGAAUUAACAGUGAAGAUGAGGAUGACUGAAACCAUAUUUGACAGCUUGAUCCUUGAUACAAUCAGAGUCCUUAAUAAGAUUUAUCUGAAAAAAGCCUGUUUUAAAGGUGACUGUGCACCACCUUUUUUCUUUUAGUACACUGUGGAACUGGUUAGAAGGAGCCUGGAGAUGGCUUCAGAGACGUGGCACAGGGAAGGGCAGGACCUGGAACCAGACAUAUUCAGGAUAAAUGUCUAUAAUCUUAUGCAAAUGAGGUAAAUACUGAUGUGAUGCACUUUAAAUUGGAGGCUUUUCUAUCAGCACUUUCAAUUCCAAACAAUUAGAUAUGUGUCUGUAAUUGGAUUAUUUAUCAUGCAAUUCACAAGAGCCCAUUGAAUUUUUACAACAUCCAAAUAUGGGGUGCUGAGAAUGUACUUUAAUAGACAAAACAGAGGAAAUCAAUACUCCUUUUGUAUUGGCAAAACUGGAAAAAUCAAGUUUUUGACAAGGAAAUAGAAGCAUUUCCUCAGCAUGGUAAUUGUUCCCUGUGCUAAUUGCUGUGGUUCCAUCUAUUUUGUAUUGAGCAAAUCAAAUUUUUGCUAGUUCUUUUUAAAAUAAAUACUGUGCAAAUAUUUUUUACUGGAAUUCAGAAACUAUUCAUUAUUGAACAAUUGAUUGGAAAAAAUCUGAUCUCUUUACAAUCCUAUUCAUUCAGAGUGUCUUUCAAAUAAAAUUAAAAUCAGGAUCAAUAAAGAAAUUAUAUCUAAACUUAAGAUUUAAAAAUACAAUACUUAAAAUCUAGUUUGGGAGAAUAAAAAGCCAUUUUAUGUUUGUAUUUUUAAAUACCGUUGGCUUAAUUGU